CGAAGCGACAUAUCAUAGAUAACGACCAUAGACCUAAUAGGUCUAUGAUAACGACUAACGAGUCCUACUUUUGAAUUUUAUAUUUAUCUAUGCGGCAUAUUCAUUAUUUACCAUGGAUAAUAAUCAAAUAAUUAGAAAAUUGCAAAAUGCAAUGAAAUUAGGAGGUUUCACUAUUCGUAGAGAAGUAUGUACAAUUAUAGUGAAUGAAUUUAUUAAAAGGAAAGUAAAUUUGUGUGAUAAAACAAUAUUUGAAGACUGCAUAACAAAUUUAAGUUUAUCUCUUGAAAAUCAAUGUAUUGCAGGAAAAAGUAUAGAGGAGGAACAAGUCGUGAGAGCUGUAGAGAUUUUCUUGAAUUUGGGUUUAGACAGAAAUGAAACAGCUUUCUCAGUGAUUGAAGCUUUUGCUUUCCCAAAAUUUCAUUAUGAUCCUGAUAAAAAAUUAUAUUUUUUAUCUAAGCAAAAAUCAAAAUUUCUCUCCGAUGCAACCUCAAAAUCAAUGGUGUUCAUUGAAAGAUACCAGACAAUACUGCAAAGAACACAAAGAAUGUUUUUAUCUGGUGUUUCAACAGGAGAAACUAAUAUGCUAAAACUCCAAACUGUAGAUUUCCUUCUAACAUUAUCAAAUGUUAGUUUAAAAAAUACAUUGAUCUUAGGAUCUAUCAUUGAAGUAUCAGAAGGAAAAUACUGCCUAGAAGAUCCAACUGGAAUGGUACAGAUAGAUAUGAGCCAUGCUAAGUUUGAAGGUGGUUUAUUUGUUGAAAAUAGUUUUGUACUAGUGAAUGGAUUUUAUGAAGACAAAAUUCUUACUGUAUCUACCAUGUUAAUGCCACCUGGAGAAUCAUAUGAGGAGUCUAGAUCUUCAUUUGCAAAUGUUAAUUACUUUGGGGGGCAAUCAAGAGUGCCACUGAGGGAUUCUAUAAAUUUAAGGGAACAUGCUUCAAAGAAUGAAACUGGCAUGAUACAUAUUUUGUCGGAUGUUUGGUUAGAUCAUGCUUUGGUUUUUGAAAAAUUAGAAAUGUUAUUUAAUGGGUUUCAAGAAGAUCCACCUAUUGCAUUUAUAUUUCUUGGAAAUUUUAUAUCAGAAUCACAUGGACAUGAACGAAUGGAUAUUAUGAAAAAAUGUUUUAAGCUACUGGGUGAUCUUAUAAGUCAGUACACAGCUUUGAUGGAAAGUAGUCAAUUUAUAUUUGUACCUGGCACAACAGACCCUACCACACCCCAUAUUGUGCCAAGGUUACCUUUACCAUCAUAUAUAACUGAGGAUUUUUUUAAAUCAGUUCCUAAGGCUGUUUUCACAACUAACCCUUGUAGAAUCCAAUAUUGUCAUCGAGAAAUUACAGUAUUCAGAUGUGAUCUCCUCACUAAGUUAUUGCAAGGUGCAUUAUCUAAGCCUAUCAAAGAUCAUAUAGCAGAUUAUGUCACAAGAACUAUAAUAAGCCAGGGCCAUUUAACGCCAAUGUCAUUGAAUUCUCAACCAAUACAUUGGGAUUUAGAUUACACCUUACGACUACAUCCACUUCCAGAUCUGAUUAUUAUAGGUGAUAAAUCAGAAUCAUAUGCAGGGGAGCAUAAAGGCUGUAAAGUGGUUAAUCCAGGACCAUUUUGUGAAAAAGGAUUUGAAUUUAUUUCAUAUACCCCAUAUACAAACAGUAUCGAAGCUUGUGUAUUAUAGUAUCAAACAAG